UUUCUUUUACAGACGGAUUGGACCAUGCAGACUCACCGAGUUCCUUACCUGAGGAUGUGUCUAGCAAUUGUUAGUGUGCUGAUGCUCCUUUGGGUCAUAAUAGCUGAGCGGAAAAAUAAGGAUUGCUCUAAAAAUCUUAGUGACGUCGAGGUUGGUUCCCCCAAUCAUAAUAAGAAAAAACGCGGCCAGGAGAAAACAAAAAUAAUCGCGCCUCCAAACAACCAUGAAAGUCCAAACAUGAAAGACUAUAUCCUUCACCCAGCCAGUUUAUGCAUGCAAAAAAAUUCCUCGACUCAGCUUGACUACUUGUUCGUGAUCUACUCUGCACCCAGAAACUUUGAUCGGAGGAAUGCCAUUCGUGAAACAUGGGCCUCUGAAAUUAAGCAAAAGUCAAAUAGUCGUACAGUGUUUCUCCUGGCGAAGACAGAAAAUGACAAGGUGCAGCACGCGAUUGAGAGUGAGUCUUACCUGCACGCCGACAUUAUCCAGGGGACGCACAUCGACCACUAUCGAAAUUUAACUUUGAAGACAAAGAUGAUGAUGAGGUGGGCCCUGAAACACUGUCCCAAAGUUUCGUUCCUUAUAAAGUGCGACGACGAUACGUUCGUGAACGUUGAAAUCCUUUUAAAAGUAAUGCAGAGCAAGCGCACCGACGCCAUUCAUGGCCAUUUAUAUGCGAAUAAACCACCUUAUAGAGAGACGUCCUCCAAGUGGUACGUAUCCAAGAAAGAAUACAACGGAACCGAAUACCCUCCCUUUGUAGCUGGAGCCUUCUAUGUGUUAGGCGGCAGCAUCGUGCGCCGUCUGUACGACGCUUCGGAACAGGAGCCGUUCUUCUGGCUGGAAGACGUAUUUUUGACGGGAUUCGUCGCCGAGAAAGCCGGCGUGAUCCGCACCCACGAAAGCUCGAUAACAGAUGAGCAAUUCAGUUCCGUGUGUCUUGCUUUAAAAAAAGCAGCCUCCCAUAACAUUCCAGCGCAAGCGAUGAGAGUCUUCUGGUACCAGAUACAUUAUUCUAUAAUAAAAUGUAAGUGA